UGUUUAAUGUAGAUGGAUUAUUAAAAUUGAAUGAAUGUUUGACAUUUAUGAUGAUCCUGAUCCGUCAUCAUUUGAAGUGUUUGUGUGUUUAAAAUUUUAAGUUUUUAGUUUUUUUCAUCUGAUGGCUUUGGUAGUGAGUAAACAGCCUCAACCUUGGCAUCCACCAACACCUUCAGUGUCAUCGAGAAAUACUGACCUAUCAUCAUCAUCGACAUCAUCAACAUCCUCUUCGUCCAGUGACAUUGAUUCAAGUUUUUCAAAAAGUGCUAUUACUACUUUUACCGAAAACGAAACUGGCGGCAAUCCAUCAUCAUCAUCAUCAUCUUCAGUCAAAACGGAUUGUCAAUUGUUAAAUUCGGAUAAACGCAAAUCUACGAAUGGUGGUUCGGCCACCAACACAACCACCAGUGGUGAAGUAUCAACGACUGCAGAUAACGGACCAGAAACACCGCAACAAGCAAUAGCCGUGAAUACAAAAUCUUCGAUACUCGAUCUUCAACAGGAACAACAACUUAACAACAAUAAUAAUAAUGCACCGGCAGCACAAGCUGCUGCUGUUGCUGCUGCGGCCGCCUUAGCACCUUUUUUUGGAACAUUUCAUCAUCAUCAUUCAUCAUCGCUAUCACCAUCCGCUUCAUCAUCAAUCAGUCCAAUUGUAACAAGUCCAAAUAGCAGUCAAAAUAUUCAGGACAUUUCAUUACAUUAUCCGGGUACUCAUUCUUCUGGCCAAAAUCAUCAUCAUCAUCAUCCUCGUCAUCAAAAUCAUUACGUCACUCAUUCACAUAGCGGAAAUGGAAAUGUAGUCGGUGUCACUACUCAAUCUCAUCUGAAUCAUCAAAGCCACCAUCUUCAUCAUUCACACCAGAUAAUGUAUUCAUCACCAUCAUCCAUUUCAAGUCAAGCUUUCGAUGGAGGUUUAUUAAUGUCGGCGAUUGGUCCUCCAUCCAAUGGAACAACUGGUCCUACAAAUGGAUCGAUUCAAAGUCAUGUUGCUUAUGCUACAUCCAAUGGUUUUCAACAACCUUCUCAACCAGUUGGAUCUCAUCAAACGACCAAUAGUCAAUUGACAAUGACCAACACAGUAUCGUCUCAACAUCCUCCAUCUAUUAUGACAAAUGGAACUGCCGCUAAUUCAUACAGCCAAUAUGCUAAUUUUACUCAACUUUUGCCCACUUCCAAUAUAUCUCAGAUGGGUUCUACGACUGUAAGCGGUCAUCACAAUCAUCAUCAUCCACAUCAUCAUCAAUCUUUACUUUCCGGUACAUCAUCGACAACUAAUCCUGGUUUACAUGGCUCUCCUGGAAGUUUAAAUUCUGGUGUUACACAUCAGAAUUUAGGAUUGCCAUUAAGUUUAGGAGGAUCUCGAUCAAAUUCAAGUCGUGCAUCAAGCACAACAAGUAGUCCAGCAUCACCAUCAACGCCUACAUGCAGUACAAGUAAAUUAUCCAAUAAUAAUCGGGUUAAUUUACAUCAACGUAAUAUGGCCACAAUGAAUAGUCAACAACAGCCGCAAGGAUCUACCAAUUGUGUGACUACAGUAUCUGCCAGUAGUACAACAAAUAAUAAUCAAAUAUCCGUAGAAUGUGUAGUUUGUGGUGAUAAAAGUUCUGGCAAACAUUAUGGUCAAUUUACAUGUGAAGGAUGUAAAUCAUUUUUCAAACGUUCAGUACGUCGUAAUCUAACCUAUUCAUGUCGUGGUAAUCGUAAUUGUCCGGUGGAUCAACAUCAUAGAAAUCAGUGCCAAUAUUGUCGUUUACGAAAGUGCCUCAAGAUGGGUAUGCGUCGCGAAGCGGUUCAACGCGGUCGUGUUCCUUUGACUCCAACUCAUUCAUCGUUUACAGGAUCCACAGCGGCUCAUUCACCUGCAGCUUUAGCUGCCGCUGCUGCAGCUGCACUUGGUUUAAGUCCAGUUGCUAAUGGAUCAUCAAUGGAAACAUCACAUCAUCAUCAAUCGCAACAGCAAUCACAAAAUGCAAAUAGCUCAAACAGUCGUAUUCUAUCGUCGACCAAUAACAACAAUACAGCCGGUCAAUCACUUAACUCGGUCAAUGGCCCGGUACCAAACAUGGAUGGCGGAAGUAACUUAUCAGCAACAGCAGCCACAACUUCAACACAUACGGUGGCCAAUGGUUCGAAUGGCAAAUAUAAUUUACAAGGUUAUGUAUCUUUAUUGCAACAAGCAGAAUCGACCGUCCGAUUGACACAAACGAUGCAACAGCUGCAUAGUACAUCGACCAAUGGAUUGUUAAGUAUUGAAACCAUGUGCGAAAUGGCUGCCCGUAUAUUAUUUGCCGCUGUCGAUUGGGCAAGGAAAAUACCUCAUUUUCCGGAUCUUCAAGUACAAGACCAAGUUUCCUUACUUCGUAUGGUAUGGUCAGAAUUAUUCAUUUUGAACGCAAGUCAAUGUUCAAUGCCAAUGCACACUGCUCAUUUAUUAGCAGCUGCUGGUCUUCAUGCCAAUCCAAUGGCAGCAGAUCGUGUAGUGGCCUUUAUGGAUCAUAUUCGAAUAUUCCAGGAUAAUUUGGAAAAAUUGAAAGCCCUACAAGUGGAUGCAGCCGAAUAUAGCUGUUUGAAAGCGAUUGUAUUGUUUACUACCGAUGCUUGCGGUUUACAGGAUGGUGGUCAUAUUGAAAGUUUACAGGAAAAAUCUCAAUGUGCAUUGGAAGAAUAUUGCCGUAUACAUUAUCCAAAUCAACCGAUACGUUUUGGAAAAUUAUUAUUGCGUUUGCCUUCAUUACGUUCAGUUAGUUCACAUGUGAUUGAACAAUUGUUUUUCGUUCGUUUAGUAGGCAAAACGCCUAUUGAAACAUUAAUUCGAGAUAUGUUAGUUAGCGGUAAUAGCUAUACCUGGCCAUAUAUGUCUCUUCAAUGAUUUUAUUUCAGAUUUAACACACACACACACACUACACAUUAAGAAUUGUAAUGUAAUUGAUUUGUUGUGCAAUGUUAUUCUCUUUUUUUUCUUCUUUCUUUCUAUCAAUUUAAUAUAAAUACACUUACACAUACUUAUAAAUGGUUUGUCUUUUUUUUAGAAAUCAGCAUCUC